UUUAAAAACUUAACUCUAAAGUUAAGGGACACAACCGUGUACCCGUCGCUCACGCAGCGUGAGCGUAAACACGUGAAGUGUUGUUUUUGUGAACAUGAGGAGCGUGUAUCGCUAGAAACACCUAAGAUGAGACGUGAAUAAAAGACGGUCGUCGAAGGGUGUGUCGAAGAGGAGAGGAGCUCGGGGCGCCGCGAAGUCCCGCCUCCGCCGGGACUACAGCUCGUUAAUAUAGUCCUUACAGGCCAGUGCAGUGCGCGCGCCACGCCGCCUCAGACCUCGUACAUGACUCGUCUUGUAAGAACACUUUAAAGUACGAGAGCGGAGGAGAGAGUCUUUUUCAGCGAGAUCCGGGCGGGACCGUCUCUUCUGCAUCCGCGCUGUCGAGUUCCUCUCCGCAUCGUCGUGUUCGGCACAGGAAAGGAUCGUUUUUACUCCGCUCACUAAGAGUCAGACGUGUCUUGAUUCAACUUGUCGUUCCCGAUGUAUAAUAUUAUAUAUAAAGCAAUCAGAAAUGCGGCGUUCGGCGAAGCGAGGUGCGCCAAUUCGGAGCCGGAGGCGCCCAACAGCUACGAGGAGCUGUUCGAGAAGCUGGACGUGAACCGGGACGGGAAGGUGGACAUUGCGGAGCUCAGAGCGGGCCUGGCGGCCAUGGGCAUCGCCUUCGGCUCCGUAGAGAAAAUAGUGUCUUCUGGAGACACAGAUAAGGACGAAGGGCUCAGUUUCGCGGAGUUCUCCAAGUACCUCAAGGAGCACGAGAAGAAACUUCGGCUGACGUUCAAAAGCCUGGACAAAAAUAAUGAUGGCACUAUUGACUCUAUGGAAAUCAAGCAGUCGCUCGCCGACCUGGGGGUGAAUAUAACGCAGGAGGAGGCGGAAAAGAUUCUUAAGAGCAUUGACGUAGAUGGCACCAUGACAGUGGACUGGAACGAGUGGCAGCAGCACUUCCUCUUCAACCCCGUGGACAAUCUCCAGGACAUCAUCCGCUACUGGAAGCAUUCCACGGUGCUGGACAUUGGGGACAGCCUCACCAUCCCUGAUGAGUUCACGGAGGAGGAGAAGACCACGGGCCUCUGGUGGAAGCAGCUGAUGUCAGGGGCGGUGGCUGGGGCCGUGUCUCGUACGGGGACCGCCCCCCUGGACAGAAUGAAAGUGUUCAUGCAGGUGCAUGCCUCCAAGUCCAACAAAAUCAGCCUGGUAGGAGGCUUCAAACAGAUGAUAAAGGAGGGGGGAGUGACAUCCCUCUGGAGAGGCAAUGGCGUGAACGUGAUCAAAAUCGCACCUGAAACUGCCAUUAAGUUUAUGGCCUAUGAGCAGUACAAGAAGUUUCUCUCUGCGGAGGGGGGCAAAGUGCAGACCCACGAGAGGUUUAUUGCUGGUUCUCUGGCCGGAGCCACGGCACAGACAGCCAUCUAUCCAAUGGAGGUGAUGAAGACCAGGCUGACCCUGAGGAAGACUGGCCAGUACUCUGGAAUGUUUGACUGUGCCAAGAAGAUUCUGAAGAAGGAAGGAAUAAAAGCAUUCUAUAAAGGAUACAUCCCCAACAUCCUGGGCAUAAUUCCCUACGCUGGGAUUGACUUGGCCGUGUAUGAGAGUCUGAAGAAUGCAUGGUUGUCAAAUUAUGCCAAGGACACGGCCAACCCUGGGGUCAUAGUGUUGCUGGGAUGCGGCACCAUCUCGAGUACCUGUGGACAGCUAGCGAGUUAUCCUCUCGCUCUCAUUAGAACACGCAUGCAGGCACAAGCCUCUCUGGAAGGAUCAGAACAGCUGUCAAUGAGCCGACUGGCCAAGAAAAUAGUGGAAAAGGAUGGCAUCUUCGGGCUCUACAGGGGAAUUCUCCCCAAUUUUAUGAAAGUGAUUCCAGCCGUCAGCAUUAGCUAUGUGGUCUAUGAGUACAUGAAAACGGGACUGGGCAUUUCUAAAUGAGAAACGCCUUAAACUCAUCCAUUUCAAAACAGUUCCCUUCCAUCCAGUACAGCAAAAGCUCAGGACAAAGGUGUUAACUUUUUUUAAAAAAAAAAAAUAAAAGUUCCCAUGUUUUCAUUUCAGUUCAGUCACCUGAUAUACACUAUUCCAAAAUAUUAACAUAUCAUGCCUUUUUUUGCAUGUUUUUAGUUUGUCACUUUAUGAAAUCAUUGCUUGUUGACUAUGUGUAGUUAAGGCAGUGAACAUAUGAAAGGUAUCAUUGCAAUUUGAAAGAAUUCCAAAGAUUUAUUACGUGUAUGUUUUGCAGAGAUUGUGCCUUAUGAUCCUUUCAGGUAUAAAUUUGUU